AACAAUCAAACGUUUCAAGAAGAAGCAGCAGCACACAUGAGAUGAAUAAUUUCCAUGAGCUUUAUGUGAUUGUUUUGUAAAUGUCUGUAGUGUGUGCGAACACCUGCGGCUGGCUGCUGGACUCCUGCUCUCACAUCGAUGAAGGUUUGCAGCGCUGUGAUUCUUACAGUGAUGGGCUUGAAAAGCCUAAAUACUUCAGAUGCUGUUUCAAGAGGGAGUAUUUUAAUACGGUGAAACCCCACGUUCAGAUUCAACAAAACACUGAUAUCUUCACUAGCACUGCAAAACAUAGCAAUGGUGAACAUGCAAAGAUUGAUCUGCAAACACGAAAGAAACGAAAGAGAAAGCAGCGUGAUCUUAAUACAGGAGAAUUAGAUGCCCAUAUUUAUCAUGGAAAGAUCAGGUUGGUGGUUCUGGAGGGCUCUCGGGCUCUUUUGGAAGCUGGACGUCAGUGUGGAUACUUGACAGAAGUUUUGACCGCACCACCUUCUGAAUCCAUGUCAUCACUUGAGUGCCGGCUAGCUGCGUUAUGUGACAUGGCCAAGCAGCUCCCGUUAACGGACGAUUCUGUGGAGGCACCAGUGCAGACGUUGAACAGAGAUGGUCUGGACCCAUCGCUGGAUCUGUUCUCAUACAUCACUGAAAACCCAUUCGACUGCGCUUAUGAGGUCACGUUGAUGAAGGAGAAGUAUCUUUUGCCGCCCCGCAGCCGGUUCCUAUUGUCUGACAUCACACGUAUGCAUCCACUUACCAACAGUGGAGACAGAUUUGACCUUAUAGUCCUUGAUCCACCAUGGGAGAACAAAUCUGUCAAAAGAAGCAACAGAUACAGCUCUCUACCGUCGUCUCAGCUCAAGCAGCUUCCAGUUCCAGCACUGGCUGCUCCAGAAUGCUUGGUGGUUACGUGGGUAACUAACCGGGCGAAGCACCUGCGUUUCAUCAGAGAAGAGCUCUACCCGUACUGGGGGGUUGAAGUGCUGGCAGAGUGGCUGUGGGUGAAGGUGACCCGAGCAGGAGAGUUUGUGUUUCCUCUGGAUUCGCCGCACAAGAAGCCUUAUGAAGUGCUGGUGCUCGGCAGGCAUCGAUCUGGCUCUGACCGCGCAGCCAGGUCUUCAGCAGUGGAGGAGCUUCCAGAGCAGCGGCUCCUAAUCAGCGUCCCAUCAGUCCUGCACUCCCAUAAGCCUUCAUUAUCAGCUGUGUUAAAGCCCUACAUUAGCCCCGAGCCCAAGUGUUUAGAGCUGUUUGCCCGAAGUCUCCAGUGCGACUGGACCAGCUGGGGAAACGAAGCCAUCAGGUUCCAGCACAGCAGCUAUUUCACCAGAGAGAGAGUCGAGGAGCCGUCUGGGACAUCUGAGACGCCUAAUAUUAUACCUAAUAUUUCUAAAUCAGCUUUCAGUUCACUUCCUUCAGUGGACCUUGUGUGAUUUUAAUAAGUAAGCUGCAGUACAGCCGUGUCUUCAUCAGAACAGUGUAUUUUAA